UGAAGCAUGGUCGGAAAGAAGGGAUUUCCUUUGGCCGCGGUCAUCGUCGCCGCGUGCGUCCUGGAGUCCGUCCGUUCCGCCCUCGUGGCCCACUAUUACCUUCUCACCGUGGUCACGUUCGACACUUCCGGAUCUUCUCUAACAUGUACCAUCUACGAUGACGUGACAUCGGCUCAAAGGGACUCCCAUUUGGCCAGCCUCACGGCCGCAGGAUACACCGGGACCGCCGUGGACUUCGCGACGAUCUUGCAGGACAUCGACAACUGCACCCAGUCGGCCCCGGGGAAGGUCGACUCGACCAAGAACGGAUUCAGCGUCUUCGCGGCCAUCAAGCCAGGUACCCGUUGGUGCGGAUCGGGGGACAAAGCCGAUUCCUUCGACAAUCUCGGGAAGGAAUCCCAGGUCGAUCGAUGCUGUCGGGGCCAUGACUUUUGCCCCAUCUACAUUUCGAGCAAGACCACUAAGUACGGCCUCUACAACUCCAACUCCUUCACCAUGUCUCACUGCGACUGCGACACGCACUUCAAGAAUUGCCUGAAGAAGGUGGGGACCUCGAAAGCGGACAACACGGGGAAGACGCUGUUCGACGUGCUCAAGGCUUCUUGCGUCCAGUUCAAGAGCGGCACCAACAGCACCGGCGGAUGCAGCUUGGACGAUUACAAUUGUCAAGUGGCCAACAUCACCCUCGUCCAGCAAUCUCCCGUGUCUUACAAGAAUUCCCGAUGGAUCUGGCGAGGCUAUUACUAUGCCCCGUUCAAUUUCUGA